AUGUCAUCUAUACCACCGAGAAUACCUACUCCACCUUCUCCACUACCUCAAUCCUUGUCUCGCCCGAGAGUUGGAUCAAUGAAUACGAACACUACAAGAUCGUUUUCACACAGUUCAACGACUAGAUCCAUGGGUGAUUGGGAUGAUAGUGAAGAGUCAAUAAUUGAUAAUCGAAGAAAUGGUAAAAGGAAAAAGAGGGAUGAACCUACUUCACCCAUUGUUGUCGUUUUAUACGUGGUAGCAUUGUAUCUGAUCUUCCAGAUUCUUACAAGAUCAGAUGAAACUGAGAUAUUAUCACAUUUACCGACCACGAAUUCAAUCAGAUCAUCAAUAUCGAGAUCAUCCAUGGAUUCUUUGAUGAGUUAUCCACAAUCACAUUCCAAUUCGCAUAACGGUCAAAAUCAAAAUCAAAAUCAUUUACCAUAUGGUUUCCCACAAUUGCCCAAUCCAUUACCUACUGUAUUACCUCAAUCAAACGAAACGAGUUGGUUCAGAUUUAUAACAGGUAUUUUAAUAUAUCCUUUCUAUUUGUUAAUCACAUUAUUAGCAAUUCCAUUACCACUCUUAUUAAACCUGUUAUACAUUCUCAAAGAAAUCUGUUUGGUGUUAUUCUAUCCUAUUGCGAUAACAUCUAAGAUAUUUUAUAGAUCAUUCAUAUCAGCUCCAUUGGGCGUAGUCCUCCAAAUCGUGGAAGCGUUUUACCCGUUGUACGUUUUCGUAGGUGGAGUCAUUGGUGUGGGUACUGUUAUGGGUUUAAGUGCAGGUUGGUUGGGUAGAUUCAUUUUAGAUAAAUUUUUAUCUUGGAAACGGAAUGGAAGUUCAAGUAAACAUGGUUCCACUUCCAAAAAGAAAAAGACAAGUCUGAUAUCGACCUCGAUCUCAAAUUCAAAUUCAAAUUCAAACUCAAAUUCAAAUUCGAUGAAUACGUAUAAGAGAAGAGAUUAUGAUAGACGAUAUGAUCGGGAACAAGAUGAAAUAGAAUUUGAAAGAGAAAGAGCUAGAGAUAGGUUAACACCCAAAAGAGAAAUCAGAAAAACACCAGUUUUGGAUAUCGGUUCUUCGAAUAUCAGAGGGACUAGGAAAGACGAAAAGAGACAAAAUCAACUUCAGAAUCAACAUCAUCAUCAACAAAGUCACCAUCGUCAGAAAACCAGAUACGAAUCUAACGAUCGUGAACUUGAUAUUGGAGAUGAUCAAGAAGAAGAAGAAGAAAGUUCAAGUAGCUCAGCAGAGAAAAUCGCUACUCCAAUCAUCAUGAAAAAGAUGAUUCAAGAUCAAAAUGCUCCCAAGACUUCCUCGUUGUCAAGCCAUGGCCAUGGACAUGGACAAGACAUCAGGAAGAAGAGUGCUAAAAAAUUGACUUUUGAAGAGGAAGCUAGAGGUACCGCGAGACAACCUGUAGUCGUAGGAGUGAGAAGAAGAGGUGUAAGAGAUAACUAUUCCAUGUAA